AUGCGAGUCGGUUUUGUCGACAAUUCUCGAGCGGAAGGCACGAGCGCGGCAGGCACGAGUGCGAAAGGCGCGAGAGCGGAAGGUGCGAGUGCGGAAGACGCGAGUGCGGAAGGCGCGAGUGCGGAAGGCGAGAGUGCGGAAGGCGCGAGUGCGGAAGGCGCAUUACCCGGGGAGUGGAGACGGUCGAAGCAGCGCGGGCGAGAGGCGCAGAGGGGAAGCCAUGGCGAGAGCGCGCAAAGGGCGAGUGCGCGCAAGGGGCGAGAGUGCGCAAGGGGCGAGUGCACGCGAGGCAGUGAGUGCGCGGGGCGCGCGAGAGCGCGAGGAGUUGAGCUCUUCGAUAGAAAGCCACUGCGAUCGGACGGGAGCAAGCGAGUGCGCGGAAAGAGGUGUUUGCGGUCGACGCGCUGCGUGGAAGCAGAUAGGGACUGGGGAUGUGAUGGAAUGAACGCGGGUGGUGUGAGUGAGACACGCCAGAUCUGCGGCAGCAGCAGUGCUGGCAGCGUGGGCGGCAGGAGGCAGUUGGGGGCGACCAGCAACGAGCUGCGCCUGCCCUACCUCUGGUUCAUCUACGUGUUGGUGGGGUUGGGAGCGCUGCUGACGCUGGUCACCAUCGUGGGCGCCGUGGCAGCAGAGAGCAACAACAGCUGCUGCCUCUCAUGCUACCAGUUUGGCCUGUGCGUGCUGCUGCUCAUCCAAGGAUCCCUCGCUGUGCUCGUCUGGCUCCAGGACGUACCGGGCGACACCACGGGCGAGUACAAGAGGGAGAGGGCGUUCGUGCUGCGCAACCUCGACCUCUGCCGCCUCGCUGCUGUCAGCCUGCUGCUCGUUGAGGCUCGCGUGAGAGUCGGUUGCAACCACUUUGUGUUGCACCCCUUGCGCCCCUCUGCGACCCCGCUGCUGCCAUCUUCGCAACCGCUCUCCCUUCCCAUCCCCCCCCCCCGGCCUUCCCCCCCCCGUCAUGCCCUCCACCCGGCCCUGGUGGGCCAUUCGGGCACGGCGCUGCUUCUGGCCAUGGGGCUGGGAGGCAUGGCGCUGAGAGGCAUGGCGCUGAGAGGCAUGGCGCUGAGAGGCAUGGCGCUGAGAGGCAUGGCGCUGAGAGGCAUGGCGCUGAGAGGCAUGGCGCUGAGAGGCAUGGCGCUGAGAGGCAUGGCGCUGAGAGGCAUGGGCAUGGCACGACGACACCGCACUGGCGGCACGGCGCUGCUGCUGGCAAUGAUGCUGAGGGCCAUGCACAGCGACAAUGCACUCGCUGACGACGACGACGACAACAUCCCCCCCCACCCCCACCCCAACUCGCGCCUGCGCCAACCCCUCCUCCGCCCGCCCCACAUGGCGCCCCCUCCUCCCUACUCCGCCGCCAUCCCCUCGUCCUCUGCUGCUGCUGCUGCUGCUGGUGCUGCUGCUGCUGGUGGUGGUGCUGGUGGUGGGAGUGGUGCGGGUGGCGUGGGUGUGGGAGGAGCAGCGGACGGUGCGGCAGCAGCAGGAGGAGGAGGGGAAGGGGGAGCAGCAGCACUGUCAGAUGCCUGGCGUAACCGCAUCCUGGAGAAGUACGGGCUGGACACCAACGAGUUCCACCACCCUGUCAACGCGCCCCAUGCAGCCCCCAUGCCCCCGCAGCCCCCCCCUUCAUCCUCCGCCUGUGCGCUCAUGUGA